UGUAGUCAAAGGAUUGCUUGUAAGUCUGCUUCAGCAAACCUUUUGAUGCCUGACCUUCCGGUACGGAUUAUAGUCAAAAUUCCUGUUUAGAAAAUGGGUCCUACAAGACGCCUUGUUACCAUCAAAAGGAGCGGGGUCGACGGCCCCCACUUUCCACUGAGCCUUCAUACCUGCUUGUUUGGAAGGGGCAUCGAGUGUGACAUUCGUAUUCAGCUUCCCGUAGUGUCCAAACAACACUGCAAAAUUGAAAUCAAUGAGCAGGAGGCAAUAUUGUUUAAUUUCAGUUCCACAAAUCCAACACAAGUAAAUGGAUCUACUUUUGAUAAACCUGUACAGCUAAAACAUGGAGAUGUGAUAACUGUUGUUGAUCGGUCUUUCAGGUAUGAAAAUGAAAGUCAUCAGAAUGGAAGCAAGUCACCUGAAUUUCCAGGACAAAGAUGGGAACAGGAGCCUUCGCGUCGGGUCUCAAGAUCUAGCUUCCCUUCCAACCCUGAUGGAAAAGUUCAAGAUUCCAUUGCCCGUUCAAAAUUCACGGAAGAAGCUGCUUCAGGAAGGCCUGCGGUGCACGGGAAGAAUGUCACAGGAGCUGGUACUGUCUCAGGUGGCUCAGGAGAUCCUGUUGCCGGGAAAACACCUAACAGCGUUCAUCCCUCAGGACUUCCUGGAGAUAAAGGCAGAAAUGCAACAGCUCCCACUGCUGGGGAUUCUCAAGAAGAUUCCGGUGUAACAUUCGGGAGCUGUAAUGGAGACUUGAAGGCUUUUUCCUCUAUAACGUGUCUUAAGGGUAGUGACCAAAAUGAGUCUCCCUUUAGGAAGCUUUAUGAGUCAAUGAAGGUGGAGUUAGAUGUGAAAUCAGGAAAAGUCAAUGUUCUACAGAAUCGCAGAAAAUCAGGAUCACAGAGUCAUUGCACAACAGAAAAAGAAAGCACUGGUGGUUUACAGAGUGAGACUCUGGUCUCACUUAAAUCCAGACCAAAAUCGGGCCAAAGCCCCCAAAUUAAGGCAGACCCUGCUUCAGGAGAACAAGGAAGUAGCCAGACUGAGGGAAAGAGGAGUGAUGAGGAGCCAUUUCAGACCCCCAAGGAGACCAGGAGUCCCAGCAUCCUCUGCACAGAGAUAGAGAUGCUGAAAUCCACGACCCCCGUACGAUAUUCACAACAAAGUCCCUCACGGAGCCGGCGGAGUGAAGACCUGAGUGUUGUCAAUGCUGGUGCAUCCCUGAACCUAGAUCAAAGUGAAGGCUCCAGGGCAGAUAAUAAAACGUUUCCUCCUCGGAAGUUCUUACCUAGAAUUCAAACGCCCAUUAAAGUUGAGAGUUUUGGAAAUACACCAGAAAAACUUUGCCCCAAAAAGAGGAAGAGGAUUCCUACAAAUGUUGACGAUCUGACAACAGAAACAGAGAUUCUGCAUCAGACAGUUUCAGCUCCACUGGUCCCUGAAGUUGAAAGGAAGAUUCAAAGCGAUUUUCUCAACAAGCCUGAGAAGCUGGGCGUGGCAGCUGAUCCGGUGUGCCCUGGGUUACCGGGUCUUAGCUCAGCUGAUGUCAGCAGCUUCGGCGAUUCCACGAAUAAGAUGGAUGGGGUGUCCCUGAAGAGGAGGCGGGUCUCCUUUGGUGGUCGCCUGAGACCUGAAUUAUUCGAUGAAAACUUACCUCCUAACACACCUCUCAAAAGAGGAGAGACACCAAAGCAAAGACGGUCUCUGGUCACCCACACGCCAACCGUCCUGAAGAAAAUCAUCAAGGAGCAGCCGCAGCCAUCAGGGAAAGAAGAUUCUUCAGAAGUCUGUCCGGAGGUGACGGCACAGAACGCGUUCACGGGACCCCCAGCUCCUAACGCUGCUACCGCUUCUCCAGAUGCACCCGACCGAUGCCGCAGGUUAUCCAAGGCGUCUUCCAUCUCCAGCGACAGCAAACCUCCACAUCAGACAGAUAUUCCCAAGAGAGGAGGGAGAAAAAGUGGCAACCUGCCCUCCAAGAGAGCUUCCCUGGAUCGAAGCCAGCAUGGCAUCUUACAGAUGAUUUAUUCCAGGAGAAGGAGUGGCGCUUCUGAGGCCAAUUUAGUUGUGGCAAAAUCGUGGGCAGACGUGGUAAAACUUGGUACCAAGCAGACCCAGACCAAAGCUGUUAAACGUGGCCCUCCAAGACCCCUGAGCAAAAGGCAAAGAAGAACCAAUACUCCGAAGAAGCCGACUGGCAUCGUUCACAAUCAAUUUAGCACAGGCCACGCAAACUCUCCCUGUACCAUAAUAAUAGGGAAAGCUCACAUCGAGAAAGUGAACGGGCCGGCUCGGCCCUACAGGAUGCUGAACAACUUCGUGGUCAACAAACCAAUGGACUUUAGUGAAGAUCUUUCAGGGCUGCCUGAGAUGUUCAAGACUCCAGUGAAAGAGAAACCACAAAGGGUGAGCCUGUGUCCCUCCACUGUUUCAAAGUCAGAGGAUUUGCUUGGAAAAGAGCUUCCAGUACCUCAUUCAGGAGAAAAACCUCUGCUGUGCGCUUCAGAAAAUUCUGGACAGAAUGUGUUCCCCGGGACUCAAGAUGCACCAAAAGAGCUGUCUGAUCAAAGUUCUGCAAGCCCUGCCUUAAGACUCCAGUGUAUUAAAAUAAAUGAAAGUAUUAUGAAAACUCCGAGGAACGUGUAUAAAACAACAGGUGCUGAGAUGAAAACUCCAGCGUUUGAGGCAACAACACCAAAGACAACAUCUAGUGCAAACAAGUUUAGAAGGUCCAUGGAGCUCAGAAGCUCACAGACACCAGGUGUAGAGUGUAAAAACGAAGGCACAAAACCUGACACUCUUGAGAAUGUCUUGGGAAGAUGUCUGAGGAAAACACCACAACCAGAGCAGAAGCUGGAGGGAGACGUGAAGGAAAGUGAAACAUGUACAAAAAACAUGGAAUCAAAAGAAAAUUCCAAAAAGUUGAUAGCUGUGAGGAGAUCAAGAAGAGCUUCAGAGCUUAAGUGUGAAUUAGCAGCAGACCUGACCGCCCUCGAGAGCUUGCAGGAGCCAGAGCCUGAGGAAGACCAGCUGGACAUCCCAAGUCUCCUACAGACCCCAGCUCAUGCCAAGGAAGCAGUGGAUGCAGAGAGCAAAGCCACAAAUAUGCGCUGUAAAUCUCCCAGAUCAGGAACAGUCGGCACGCCCACCAGGACAAGCACACAGCUCAAGACACCUUCCUGGAAAGUGGAUGUAGAAGAUGCCUCAGCCCUCGGGAAACUCACACAGACACCAGGGAAAACCAUGCCCAUGCACAGAGAACCAGGUGAUGAAAAAAGCAUCAAAUUGUUUAAGGAAACUCCAAAGCAGAAACUGGACCCUGCGGAAAAUGUAGCUGGAAGUAAGAGGCGGCCAAGGACACCCAAGGGAAAGGCUCCACCUCUGGAAGACCUGGCUGGCUUCAAAGAGCUCUUCCAAACCCCACAUCAUGCCAAGGAACGCAUGAUUGAUGACAAAACCCCCAAAAUGCUCUGCCAAUCUCCACAGCUAGAACCAGUCAACACACCAAAUAGAAAGGGACGUCUGAAGACACCUUCCCAGAAAGUGGAUGUGCAGGAAGAUGUCUCAGCUCUCAGGAAGCCUCAACAAACACCAGGGGGAACCACACACUCACAGAGAGAACCAGAGGGUGGUGACAGAGGCAUUGCAGCGUCUCAGGAAGCUCCAGGAGAGAAACUGGACCCUGCAGAAAAUGUAACUGGAAGCAAGAGGCGGCCAAGAACACCCAAGAAAAAGGCCCCACCCCUGGAAGACCGGGCUGGCUUCAAAGAGCUCUUCCAAACCCCAGAUCAUGCAAAGCAACCAAUGACUGAUGACAAACCUACCACAAUACCCUAUAAAUCUCCACCAGCAGAAGCAGUCAACAUGCCAACAAGUAGCAAGAGAUGGCUCAAGACACCUUCCCGGAAAGUGGAUGUGCAGGAAGAUGUCUUGGCUCUCAGGAAGCCCACCCAGUCACCAGGGGAGACCAGACACUCAGACAAAGAACCAGAGGAUGGUGACAGAGGCAUUGCAGUGUCUCAGGAAACUGCAGGAGAAAAGCUGGGCCCUGCAGAAAAUGUAACUGGAAGCAAGAGGCGGCCAAGAACACCCAAGGAAAAGGCCCCACCGCUGGAAGACCUGGUUGGCUUCAAAGAGCUCUUCCAAACACCAAAUCACACAGUGGAACCAAUGACUGCUGACAGAAUCUUCAAAAUGCUCUGCCAGUUUCCACAACUAGAACCAGUCAACACACCAAGUAGAAAGGGACGUCUCAAGACACCUUCCCAGAAAGUGGCUGUGCAGGAAGACCUCUCAGCUCUCAAGAAGCCCACACACUCACACAGAGAACCAGAGGGUGGUGACAGAGGCAUUGCAGUGUCUCAGGAAGCUCCAGGAGAGAAACUGGACCCUGCAGAAAAUGCAACUAGAAGCACGAGGUGGCCAAGAACACCCAGGAAAACGGCCCCACUGCUGGAAGACCUGGUUGGCUUCAAAGAGCUCUUCCAAACCCCAGAUCAUGCAGAGGAACAAAUGACUGAGGACAGAACCCCCAAAGUGCUCUGCCGAUCUCUGCCACCAGAACCAGUUGUUACAUCAACCAGCAUGACCACAUGUCUCAAGACACCUUCCCAGAAAGUGGCUGUGCAGGAAGACCUCUCGGCUCUCAGGAAGCCCACACACUCACACAGAGAACCAGAGGGUGGUGACAGAGGCAUUGCGGUGUCUCAGGGAACUCCAGAAGAAAAGCUGGACCCUGCAGAAAAUGUAACUGGAAGCAAGAGGCGGCCAAGGAUACCCAAGGAAAAAGCCCCACCGCUGGAAGACCUGGUUGGCUUCAAAGAGCUCUUCCAAACCCCAGAUCAUGCAGAGGAACAAAUGACUAAUGAGAAAACCACCACAAUACCCUAUAAAUCUCCAGCAGUAGAACCAGUCACCAGGCGAACAGGUAGAAAGAGACGGCUCAGGUCACUGCCAGGGAAAGUGGAUGUAGAAGAGCCCUCGGCACUCAGGAAGCCCACACAGACACCAGGGGGAGCCAGGCGCUCAGACAGAGAACCAGCGGAUGGUGAUAAAAGCAUCCAAUUAUCUAAGGAAACUCCAAAGCAGAAACUGGACUCAGCAGAAAAUGUAAAUGGAAGCAAGAGGCUGCCAAGAACACCCAAGGAAAAGGUCCAAUCUCUAGAAGACCUGGCAGGUUUCAAAGAGCUCUUCCAAACCCCAGAUCAUGCCAAGGAACCAAGGGCUGUUGUCAGAACUCCCAAAAUUCUCUGCAUGUCCUCCCAACCACAGCUAAUUGUCACACCAACCAACAUGAAGAGAUGGCUCAAGACACCUCUGGGGAAAGCAGAUACAGAGAAAGAGUUCUCAGCAUGCAGAAUGACACAGUCACCAGGGGAAACUAGACACUCAGAGGGAGAACCAGUAGAUGAUGAUAAAAGCAUCAUAUUGUUUCAGGACACUCCAAAUCAGAAACUGGGCUCAUCAGAAAAUGUAAAUGGAAGUAAGAGGUGGCCAAGAACACCCAAGGAAAAGGCCCCACUGCUGGAAGACCUGGCUGGCUUCAAAGAGCUCUUCCAAACCCCAGAUUGUGCCAAGGAACCAACGACUGAUGACAAACCCACCAACAUACCUUGUCAAUCUCCACAACCAGAACCAGUGAACACACCAAGUAGAAAGGGGCGUCUCAAGACACCUUCCCAGAAAGUGGAUGUGCAGGAAGAUGUCUCGGCUCUCAGGAAGCCUCAACAAACACCAGGGGAAACCACACACUCACAGAGAGAACCAGAGGGUGGUGACAGAGGCAUUGCAGUGUCUCAGGAAACUCCAGGAGAGAAACUGGACCCUGCAGAAAAUGUAACUGAAAGCAAGAGGUGGCUAAGGACACCCAAGAAAAAGGCCCCACCCCUGGAAGACCUGGCUGGCUUCAAAGAGCUCUUCCAAACCCCACAUCAAGCCAAGGAACCAAUGACUGAGGACAGAACCCCCAAAAUGCUCUGCCGAUCUCCACCACCAGAACCAGUUGUUACAUCAACCAGCAUGACCAGACAUCUCAAGACACCUUCCCAGAAAGUGGCUGUGCAGGAAGACGUCUCAGCUCUCAAGAAGCCCACACAAACACCAGGAGAAGCCACACACUCACACAGAGAACCAGAGGGUGGUGACAGAGGCAUUGCAGUGUCUCAGGAAGCUCCAGAAGAAAAGCUGGACCCUGCAGAAAAUGUAACUGGAAGCAGGAGGUGGCUAAAGACACCCAAGGAAAAGGCCCCACCCCUGGAAGACCUGGUUGGCUUCAAAGAGCUCUUCCAAACCCCAGAUCAUGCAAAGGAACCAAUGACUGAUGAGAAAACCACCACAAUACCCUAUAAAUCUCCAGCAGUAGAACCAGUCACCAGGCGAACAGGUAGAAAGAGACGGCUCAAGUCACCGCCAGGGAAAGUGGAUGUAGAAGAGCCCUCAGCGCUCAGGAAGCCCACACAGACACCAGGGGAAACCAUGCACACACACAGAAAACCUGUAGGUGAUGAAAAUGACAUCAAAGUGUUUAAGGAGACUUUAAGGCAGAAACUGGUCUCAGCAGAAAAUGUAAUUGGCGUCAAGAGUUGGCUAAGAAAAUUUAAGGAAAAGGCUCAACCCCUAGAAGACUUGUGCAGUUUCAAGGAGCUCUUCCAAAAGCCAGAUCAGGCCAAGGAACCAAUGAGUGAUGUUAAAAUCGCUCCAGUGUCCUGCCAAUCUCCACCAGCCGAACCAGUCCCCAGGCGAACAGGUAGAAAGAGACGGCUCAGGUCACCGCCAGGGAAAGUGGAUGUAGAAGAGCCCUCAGCGCCCAGGAAGCCCACACAGACACCAGGGGAUAUGCAGAGAGAGCCUGUAUGUGAUGAAAAAGACAGCAAAGCGUUUAAGGAAAAUUCAAGGCAGAAACUGGUCUUGGCAGAAAAUGUAAUUGGCGUCAAGAGUCGGCUAAGAACAUUGAAGGAAAAGGCUCAACCUAUGGAAGACUCAGGCAGUUUCAACGAGCUCUUCCAAAAGCCAAGUCAGGCCAAGGAACCAGUGAGUGAUGUUAAUAUAGCUCCAGUGACCGGCCAAUCUCCACCAGCUGGACCAGUCACCAGGCCAGCAAGUAGAAAGAGGCGACUCAAGUCACUGCCAGAGAAAGUGGAUGUAGAAGAGCCCUCAGCACCCAGGAAGCCCACACAGACACCAGGGGAUAUGCAGAGAGAGCCUGUAUGUGAUGAAAAAGACAGCAAAGUGAUGAAGGAAACUUCAAGGCAGAAACUCAACCCUGCAGAAAAUGUAAUGGGCAUCAGGAGUCGGCUAAGAACAUUUAAGGAAAAGACCCAACCCGUGGAAGACUCGUGCAGUUUCAAAGAGCUCUUCCAAAAGCCAGAUCAGGCCAAAGAACCGGUGAGUGAUGUUAAAAUCACUGCAGUGCCCUGCCAGUCUCCACCAGCCGCACGAGUCACCAGGCCAGCAAGUAGAAAGAGGCAGCUCAAGUCACCACCGGGAAAAGUGGACCUAGAAGAGCUCUCAGUACUCAGAGAACCCAUCCAAACAGCAGGGGAAACCACGCACAGAGAACCAGUAGGUGAUGAGAACAGUAUCAAAGUGUUUAAGGAAACUUCAAGGCAGACCCUGGACUCAGCAGAAAAUAUAAUUUGUGUCAAGAGUCGGCUAAGAACAUUUAAGGAAAAGGCCCAACCCCUGGAAGAUCCGGCCAGUUUCAAAGAGCUCUUCCAAAAGCCAGAUCAGGCCAAGGAACUGGGAAACGAUGCUUCUGGAGGUAAGAGAGUCCCAAAGCAAGCAGCAGACAGAAGAAGACCUGUAGAAAUAUCCCGAAGAGUCCUCAGGGCCCCUAAAGUAAGGUUCACGGGAGACCUUGUGGGCAGCAGAGACCCUGUAAAAUCACCAGGUGAAAGCUGCAUCUCCCCGUCCCCCAAGAGGAAACUGGGAGAAGAUGCAAGGGUUGUGGGCAGGAAGAGGCUAUGCCCCACGAUGGCUGCACAGGACCCUGAGGAAGAGAAGCCCCUCCAGAAUAAGCAGAGGACAGCCCCCAGGGAGAGACGGGAGCCCCCCAAACCCUUGGGAGUGAAGAAGAGAAGUUUGAGGAUUUUGGCACAAAGGACUAAACCUGUGGGAAACCUGCCCAACAAUGACGUGAAAACUAAAGCUACGGAUCCACAAGGAGAAGACACGCACGCUCCAAAUAAGGGAAUGUCCCUGCGUACCAGGCGCCCCACUAAAACCAGUAUAGACGAGCAAAGACCUGGGGUGCUUAUAUCAGCAGGAAAGAGGAAAAUAAAGAGAAGUGAAAAGAAGUCCAUGAAGACCUCCCAGGAGAUGAAGCUACAAAGCCCGGAAGAUGGAGCCGAGAAUCCUACCUCUGGGGGCAAAGUUCAAGAGAGAAGGAGGCACUUGAGGUCUGGGAAACAGAAUUGGAAGCCUUUGCCUGAUGCAACAGAGGAGACAGCAAGGCAGGAAAGGGUGGAAAUCCCCGUGAAGAAGCAGGAAGAGAAAGAAGCAACGGAAUCUUCAGACUUCAAGGGUUUGAGAUCCAGAAAGAUUACUCUCCGCCCUCGAGGAAACCCUUCGGAGAGUGAAUCCGAGCAGAGAGUAACCCGGGGUGCCAGGAGAUGUGCCAACAGCCUUCAAAAGGAAAAUGACAAUGUGGGUGUCAAGAAAAUAAGAACCAGAAGUCAUCGAGACAGUGAAGAUAAAUAGCCAAGAAGUUUAAAAGGGAAAAACAUGUAAUGAAUUUAGUUUAGCGAUAAGUUGUAGUACAAUAUUUACCGUAAAUUUUAAAGUGAAUUCUGUAAAUAAUGCUGUCUGGAGGGGAGGGCAGGUUUAAGGGAAGAAAGCUUGGAAUUUUCUGACUCUGAAUAGUUUGUUCAAAACCCCCAUAUGGAGGUUAUGAAG